UGUAUCCGCCCACCUUCACUCUGAGAUCCGGGAGUCUCCGGGCGGCGCAGCGCAGCGCAGAUCACCUGCAGGCAGGAGAGCGCACCGGCGUCUGACGCGCGCUUUUCCUCACUUUACAGAAAUAUAAGAAGGAAGAGGGGGAAAAAACUGUUGGUUUUGCGUACCAAAAAAAAAAAAAAAAAAAAACUAUUCAGAUUUAGGUUUGUUUUACAGAUUUUAUUGUUCAAUCAUGCAGGAUAAAGGCGCGUUUUUCAGCCCUUUUUGCAGACCGCGGUGUCUGGCGGCAGCGGCUCCGGCUGGAAGAGCGAAACUAACUCAUCCGGGAAAAGCGAUCCUGGCAGGUGGAAUCGCCGGUGGCAUCGAGAUCUGCAUUACUUUCCCCACAGAAUAUGUGAAAACCCAGUUGCAGCUGGAUGAGAGGGCCAACCCACCAAAAUACCGAGGAAUAGGUGACUGUGUGAAGCAGACGAUGCAGAGUCACGGUAUUAAAGGACUCUACAGAGGACUCAGCUCACUGCUGUAUGGAUCCAUACCCAAAUCAGCAGUCAGAUUCGGGAUGUUCGAGUUCCUCAGUAACCACGCGAAGGAUGAGAACGGCCGACUGGACAGUACCCGCGGCCUGCUGUGUGGGCUCGGAGCGGGUGUCAUGGAGGCCGUGCUGGUGGUCUGCCCCAUGGAAACCGUUAAGGUGAAAUUCAUUCACGAUCAGACCUCAGCCAACCCACAAUACAAGGGCUUCUUCCACGGAGUGCGAGAGAUCGUCAGGUCUCAGGGACUUAGAGGAACAUAUCAGGGUCUGACUGCGACGGUCCUCAAACAAGGCUCCAACCAGGCGAUCAGAUUCUUUGUGAUGACGUCUUUAAAGAACUGGUACAAAGGUGAUGACCAAAACAAAGCCAUUAAUCCCAUCAUUACUGGGACCUUUGGAGCCAUAGCAGGAGCUGCCAGUGUAUUUGGAAACACUCCGUUAGAUGUCAUCAAGACACGGAUGCAGGGUCUGGAUGCUCAUAAAUAUAAAAGCACACUGGACUGCGCUUUGAAGAUCCUCAAAUAUGAAGGCCUGGCAGCUUUCUACAAAGGAACAGUUCCCCGGCUCGGCCGUGUGUGUCUCGACGUAGCCAUUGUUUUUAUCAUCUACGAGGAGGUCGUGAAGGCCCUGAAUGUAGUCUGGAAGACAGAGUGAGCUGCAGGACGUGCAGCGAAGGUGGCACAGAUCUAAGUUCUCUAGAUCUCCUCUGUGUCAUAAAACCAGCUGUGAACAGGAUGAGGUGAAGACCUGAACUUAGAUCUGUGGUAAAUGCUGACCUCAAAGUCAAAAUGCUGAUAGACAAAGGCUCCGGAGAAAAGAAAAAGCCUGAAUGGGUGCUUACAUUUGAACCUAUGGAGGUGAAGCAGAGAUUUUAUGCCCAACAAAAUAAAGUAAAAAGUUCUUUCUGAUUUAUAAAGCUUAUAAAGUUAGCUGAAUCACUGUGAAAAGAUGCUGUUUUUUUGCUUGAGACUUCUUUUUUAAAUGCAACCAUAACUGCAUUAAUUUUCUUUCAAUGUUUCUGCUUCACUUUCAUCAUAACCUGUAUCUGUUUCAAUGAUGUUUACUGCAAGAAUUUAAGUGUAAUUCUGGAUAUUCUUGAGUUAAAUGUUGUGUUUUCGUCUUUUCUGCAGCUGGUUGCAGUUUACAUGCAUACACACUCAUGUAGAUCUUUAAUUUUAAGUAAUUUUACAUGUAGAGUAUAUGAGUUAUUUUUAUACAGUACAGAAUAGAGCAUAUUGUUGUUUUAAAAAAAAUUGCACUGUAAUUUAACAUAUAUUUAAAUUUUGUGCCAAAUGCCAACUCUAUUACACAGAGGCAGUUUUAUCUGAGUAAAAACAUAAACGAUUUAAAUAAUUUUAGAGAAACCAGAACACACACUAAAGAGUAAUUUUUAUUUUAGUAAUACUUGAACUAAAUGUGUUUAUUGGAAGCUGAAUGUUAAAUUCAAACAGGACCAUUUGCUGUUAAUCGGUGCCAAAUGUGUUAAAUGUGUCAUGUGUUUCUGUUAUCAAGAGCUAUAAAGUUAUCUUUAGAUUAUUUAACUUUUGGGUUUCACUGUGAAUUACCUGAAUUAUUCCUCUCAAUUUGCUGUU